AUGUCUAAACUACAUCGGUUAAGUGUGUUUAUCACCGAGCAGUUAUCAGCAGUGGCGGUUGAGAUAUUUGUUGUGGUGGAAAAGACGAUAGCAGAGGUUCAGGGAGAGAACGACCGUCUACGGGGGCUUCUUCUAGAUCAUUUAGGAGCAGGUUUGUAUUGUUUUUAUUCGGCUAGUUCUCUAUUAAGCUUGCUUUUCCGUCAUCAUGUUAGUUAGGUAGUUAAUGCUAACAGCCAUGCAGUGAAUCAGCCUAGGCAGCCGCCAGUGGGCGCCUAUUGAAGAUAGUAUCACAGACAGAAGGGGUAACCCAAAUCACAUGGGCUAUUAAAGCUGAAGCAUCCGGGGUAUUGGGAGAGGAUGGUACUACACUACAUGACCAAAAAUAUGUGGACACCUGCUCGUCGAACAUCUCAUUCCAAAAUCAUGGGCAUUAAUAUGGAGUUGGUCCCCCCCUUUGCUGCUAUAACAGCCUCCACUCUUCUGGGAAGGCUUUCCACUAGAUGUUGGAACAUUGCUGCGGGGACUUGAGGUCGGGCAUUGAUGUUGGGCAAUUACGCCUGGCUCGCAGUCGGCGUUCCAAUUCAUCCCAAAGGUGUUCGAUGGGGUUGAGGUCAGGGCUCUGUGCAGGCCAGUCAAGUUCUUCCACACCGAUCUCAACAAACAAUUUCUGUAUGGACCUCGCUUUGUGCACAGCGGCAUUGUCAUGCUGAAACAGUAAAGGGCCUUCCCCAAACUGCUGCCACAAAGUUGGAAGCACAGAAUCUUCUAGAAUGUCAUUGUAUGCUGUAGCGUUAAGAUUUCCCUUCACUGGAACUAAGUGGCCUAGCCCAAACCAUGAAAAACAGCCCCAGACCAUUAUUCCUCCUCCACCAAACUUUACAGUUGGCACUAUGCAUUUGGGCAGAUAGCGUUCUCCUGGCAUCCGUCGGACUGCCAGAUGGUGAAGCGUGAUUCAUCACGCCAGAGAACCUGUUUCCACUGCUCCAGAGUCCAAUGGCGGCGAGCUUUACCCUACUCCAGCUGACGCUUGGCAUUGCGCAUGGUGAUCUUAAGCUUGUGUGCGGCUGCUCGGCCACAUAAACCCAUUUCAUGCUCCCGACGAACAUUUAUUGUGCCAAUGUUUCUUCCAGAGGCAGUUUUUUACUCACUUCAGCACUCGGUGGUCCCGUUCUGUGAGCUUGUGUGGCCUACCACUUAGAGGCUGAGCCGUUGUUGCUCCUGGACGUUUCCACUUCACAAUAACAGCACUUACAGUUGACCAGGGCAGCUCUAGCAGGGCAGAAAUUAGACUGACUUGUUGGAAAGGUGGCAUCCUAUAACGGUGCCACGUUGAAAGUCACUGAGCUCUUCAGGAAGGCCAUUCUACUGCCAAUGUUUGUCUAUGGAGAUUGCAUGGUUGUGUGCUCGAUUUUAUACACCUGUCAGCAACGGGUGUGGCUGAAAUAGCCGAAUCCACUAAUUUGAAGGGGUUGUCUACAUAUUUAUGUAUAUAAAGUGUAUUUUAAGAUGAAUGCACUAGUUGUAAGUCGCUCUGGAUAAGAGUGUCUGCCAAAUGACUAAAAUGUUAAUGUACAAAAAUGUUAAAUGAUACUUGUGUAUGACAUGCCUAGAUUGAGUGAAGUAAACGGUUGUGUUCCCCUGCUCAGACGUUGCAUGCGUCAACUAAUGUUUGCGUUCCACAUCGGACUGUGCCAUCGAGCACCAGAUUGCUAAAUGAUACUUAUGUCAUGCAAUAAAAUGCACAUUAAUUACUUAAAAAUCAUACAAUGUGAUUUUCUGGAUUUUUGUUUUAGAUUCCGUCUCUCACAGUUGAAGUGUACCUAUGAUAAAAAUUACAGACCUCUACAUGCUUUGUAAGUAGGAAAACCUGCAAAAUCGGCAGUGUAUCAAAUACUUGUUCUCGCCACUGUAUAUAGUGUAGGUGAAACUGGGCCGACAAUCUGCUAAUUGUCUCAUUGAUGAAACAUCUAAUCAAAAAAACAAAUAAUGUUCUCAAAACUAGAAUUUGUUUUCGAACACAGUGCACUACGUUUUAUAGACUUGACGCUUUGCCAAAGUUUUAAAAAAUGGUGUUGUUUAGGAGUGCAAUGUCGAAUUGAGUUUGUGCACAUUCGCACUUCACCAAGGAGGCGUUCCCUAACGGAAAUGUGCACAUUUUACAUUACAUUUACAUUUUAGUCAUUUAGCAGACGCUCUUAUCCAGAGCGACUUACAGUUGGUGAAUACAUAUUUUUUUUUAUUUUUUUUUAUACUGGUCCCCCGUGGAAUCGAACCCACAACCCUGGCGUUGCAAACGCCAUGCUCUAUCAACUGAGCUACAUCCCUGCCGGCCAUUCCCUCCCCUACCCUGGACAACGCUAGGCCAAUUGUGCGCCGCCCAUGAGUCUCCCGGUCGCGGCCGGCUGCGACAGAGCCUGGAUUCGAACCAGGAUCUCUAGUGGCACAGCUAGCACUGCCUUAGACCACUGCGCCACUCAGGAACCCAAAUACAUGCUGCAAAACGCCAAUUAGAUAUCGCUAGCUCGUGCUUGGCUCUGCCCACCACCUUACUUGUUCAGCCCACUAUGCUUUAUUUGUAAGCAACACUGAUUAACUAUCUUGGGUUAGUGUUAAAUAUCUUUGCUAGUAUCUUCUGACUGGGGACGUGUUUUUUAAAGAGCCCCGAUGCUUGUUCGGAAUGGUAAAACGCAUCGCUUCCGGUUACGGUUUUGGAAACAUAAGGAACGUAUCAUAUUAUCGAGAAAUAAUAAUAAAUAAAGGACAGUUACAACACCUGUUAUGGGUUUAAUUUUGAGUUUUCCCACACGGCCAUAUCUCCAUGUUGAAGACAGACACGACCACCUGUGCUAAUUGGCUAUCUAGCAUGCUCGAACACCUGUGCUAAUUGGCUAUCUAGCAUGCUCGACCACCUGUGCUAAUUGGCUAUCUAGCAUGCUCGACCACCUGUGCUAAUUGGCUAUCUAGCAUGCUCGACCACCUGUGCUAAUUGGCUAUCUAGCAUGCUCGACCACCUGUGCUAAUUGGCUAUCUAGCAUGCUCGAACACCUGUGCUAAUUGGCUAUCUAGCAUGCUCGAACACCUGCUAAUUGGCUAUCUAGCAUGCUCGAACACCUGUGCUAAUUGGCUAUCUAGCAUGCUCGAACACCUGUGCUAAUUGGCUAUCUAGCAUGCUCGAACACCUGUGCUAAUUGGCUAUCUAGCAUGCUCGAACACCUGUGCUAAUUGGCUAUCUAGCAUGCUCGAACACCUGUGCUAAUUGGCUAUCUAGCAUGCUCGAACACCUGUGCUAAUUGGCUAUCUAGCAUGCUCGACCACCUGUGCUAAUUGGCUAUCUAGCAUGCUCGACCACCUGUGCUAAUUGGCUAUCUAGCAUGCUCGAACACCUGUGCUAAUUGGCUAUCUAGCAUGCUCGAACACCUGUGCUAAUUGGCUAUCUAGCAUGCUCGAACACCUGUGCUAAUUGGCUAUCUAGCAUGCUCGAACACCUGUGCUAAUUGGCUAUCUAGCAUGCUCGAACACCUGUGCUAAUUGGCUAUCUAGCAUGCUCGAACACCUGUGCUAAUUGGCUAUCUAGCAUGCUCGAACACCUGUGCUAAUUGGCUAUCUAGCAUGCUCGACCACCUGUGCUAAUUGGCUAUCUAGCAUGCUCGAACACCUGUGCUAAUUGGCUAUCUAGCAUGCUCGAACACCUGUGCUAAUUGGCUAUCUAGCAUGCUCGAACACCUGUGCUAAUUGGCUAUCUAGCAUGCUCGAACACCUGUGCUAAUUGGCUAUCUAGCAUGCUCGAACACCUGUGCUAAUUGGCUAUCUAGCAUGCUCGACCACCUGUGUGUAAUGUUAAGCUUAACUGGGGAGGAAGUGUAGUUCGUUGGCUGGAGUCACACAGUGUAUGAAUCUGUGCAAACCUGCUACAGUAAUUCUUUUUUUUUUUUUUGAAUGGUUAUUUUUUGCUGAUUUAUAAAAGAUAAGGGCCAUAUGUUUUGACAAUAGUAACAUAACCGUUGAUUAUUUACAUUUCUAAACGUUAAAACACAGUGUUGGGAUUGUAGUUGACAUGGACCCCAAGCGUGGGGCGAAGAUCACCGCUGAAAACUUUAGGAGAGAAGGCAGGCUAGGGUUUCCAAGCACUAGCAAUGAGGGUGCAUUCACACUGAGCCACGUUGAAAGACGGGGACAGGAAAGAGAACUUUGUGGGGAUAGAGGGGGGGGAGUAGCUACAGAGUUGUUCCCGGGAUAUGUGACGCUCCAUAACCGUUACAGAUUUGGUCACGGGAUAUGUGACGCUCCAUAACCGUUACAGAGUUGGUCACGGGAUAUGUGACGCUCCAUAACCGUUACAGAGUUGGUCACGGGAUAUGUGACGCUCCAUAACCGUUACAGAGUUGGUCACGGGAUAUGUGACGCUCCAUAACCGUUACAGAUUUGGUAACGGAAAGAAGGAAACAAAUCUAUUGUUGGCGAUACACUUUUUACCGAAUCGAGAACUUAGAAAGGUAUCUCCAAAAAACGGUUAAUAUUCAGAAAUAUAUUAAAUCCACGUGUUGUAUCGAGUGAGAUGCAUCUUUCAUGUGUGUAGAUCUUUUGUUUUGGUCGCACUCUGUAACCAUCUGUAACUGGACACAGACAUUUAUAAGAUACACUUUUUACUGAAUAGAGAAGGAAAAAAGUAUCCACAAGAACCGGUUAGUUGAAAAAUUCCUUGCAAGGCUUUCCAUUACCCAAUCUGUAACGGGUAUGGAGCAGCACAUGUCCCGUUAACAACUCUGUGGGUAGGGAGGGAGUUGAUCGUGUGAUGGCAUAAUGGCUAUUAAAGAUGUAGCUAGCAAAACUAGUCAGUAGGUGCAAUCAACAAGGCUUCCAUUUGCGGCCAACAUGUUCCCUAGUAAGAGUUUCCUGUUGGUUUUAAUGAACAUUCCAAACUGUCGUGGUGACGCCGCAAAAUGGCUCCUGUGUCUUUAUAGCAGCAAUAUUCAAACUGGAAAUUACUUUGGUAUUCCUACCUAUUUCCUCUCCUCUCUCUCCAGACCCCAAUCAGCUAACUCUACCUGAAGACGAGGUUCCCCCUAAGCAGCAGGAGUGGAGCCCCAGGCCGGGGCAGGAGGACCCAGAGCCCACACAGAUUACAGAGGAACAGGAGGAACUCAGGACCAGUCAGGAGGAAGAGAAGCUUCAAAGACUUAGGUCUGCUACCACAGAGGUUGUACAGUUUAUAUUUAUUCCUCCCUGUGUGGAAAGUGACUGUGACCAGGACAGCAAGACAGACUCUCUACCCACCAACACAACUGAACAGACCCAAUCAGCAUCGGAUGACGAGGACUACAGAGUAUCAGAACUAACCAGUCACUCUCAACCCCUCUCUGCAGUAAAUCCAAACAGUUCUGCAGCUCUGAGUGAAAUCAUUGUAAGUAUUGAUGAAGACGAGAGUGAAGAACUACCGUCAGGUUCAAAGAGAACACUGGGAAAGAAAGGACAAACCUCUCAAGUCUGCACUGAGGCCAAGACAACCAGUGAGCCGAAAGCACCAUUAAAGUCUCACGCAAGCAGGGGACCAUACAAGUGUCCUGUGUGCAGUAAACUCUUUAAGGCACCAAGCAGUUUAAAA